CUUAAUCCCUCUGCAAGGGUUAAGUGGGAACGGGUUGAUAGAUGCGUUGCCUUGCAUAGUUCUGUUACAUGUGACGAUCAUGUGCCAAUUUUGUGUGAAAGAACAGCAUCCUCAACGGGUAUGAUAGUGUUGUGUUUAAAGACGCUUGCAUCUCGGUUGUUGACACAUUGAAAGCGUAUGUUAAGCCCGCACUCUGUUCAAUUUCAUAUCUUAAGUGAAAUUUACUUACAUCGGCACAUUUUGAUUUCGUCUUCUUUUUUUUUUUUGAGAUUUAUUGCAUUAAUCCGAGUGCACAUUUAACCGUACUCGCUCUUUACCUGUUUGUGGCAGCGGCGGAGUAAGAACAAGGGAUAUUUCUAAAUCUUUUCUGAAGCUAUACCAAAAAUAAAGAUUGGGUUUGCUGUUAUGAAUGACACUACAACGCGAGCAAAUCUGUGGAUCAGUUGCAACCAAACAGGCACAGAAUUUUAAAAAGUUUUAUGAUCUCUGAAGCCAGAUGUUCUGAAGUACCAUUCAUACCCUUCCUAGUAACCUACAUGUGGCAUUACGAUCAUUUUAAUUUAACCCUUCCGUAGUCCUAGAUCUCACUAGUAAUUCUCCUUACUUUCUGCCGUACAAUUCGUAUGAUUUUUGCUUGGAGAAUUUGGCAUUGCAUUGACCAACAAUCCCCCAGCUAAUUGACAUUCUUCUUCAUCUGCAUAACUUUUCUGCUUGAUGUUGUAAGGAGAAGUUCUGUCUUGGUCAUUCAUAGAAGUUUAAUUUAAUUAUCUGUAAUUACCAUUUGUUUCUUUAAUAAGGGAGUAUACUGUAUGCCAAUACACAUUUCGUCAAUUGCAUAACUUUUUUAUCCUCCUCACAUAUGAUUAUCAUAAAUUGAAACAAAGAGUUGGAUUAUUUUAACUAGUGAGAAAGGUAAACACCUACUGAAAAAUACAAGGGAGGAGAGGGGGGGUUGCUGAGUGGCUUAUGAUCCAUGUUUGUGCUUGAGAUGAUGGAAAUUGAAAUGCUUUUUGUUAUCAAUAGGGAACAAUCUGCUUGGAGAGUGGAUCAUAUUUAAAGAACUAUGCUGGCUGUAAGGGGUGUGGGAAAAGAGAACCACUUAAAACUUUUGAAAUGUCAACUCAAGAGGAUAAUGAUGGAGAGGAACUUGUUACCUACAAACGUAUGUAAUGCCACAAAUACAGUACUUUAACUCAGGUUCAGUGAGCAUUAGUGAAUUAACAAUGAAUAGUGGGAUAAAAUGAUGAUACAAGUGCCCAACAAUGAAAUGAUUAUUUAAAAGAUUUCAUUGACUUGUUUGGUUUUUACAGAUAUCUGUCCUAGCUGCGAACACCUUGUGGCUGAACAUGAAUACACAUUUAGGGUUGAAGGAAAGUACCAGGUAAUAAUUCAAUGUUAAAGAAAGAUGCUUUUUUGAAUUCCUUGUGAGCACAGGACAGAGAAAUAUUUCUGAAUCUUUAAAGCAAUUCAAACCUAAGACCUUCAGAUUCCUCUCCCACGCUGUACUGCCAAGCCACAGAGACUCUUUGUGGUAAUCUUAACCCUUUACAUCCUAACAUCAGUAUGGAUAUUCUCUAUACAGUUCUCUAUAAAUUUCCUAUGGUACUGACAAGGAGAAAUUAUUUUGUUUAACAACCAAGAGCUUCUUUAGUUGGUGAUCAUUUCCUUUAUUCUCAUGACCUUAAUGUUUGAUUCAGGCAAGAUAUUGUGAGGAGAAAUUAGAUGCUGGUCACUUCUAAGAGUCAAAGGGUUUAGGCCUGCACUAUGUUUACAUUUGAAUGUGUUCUUUGCACUGCUAGGAUCAUAUCAGGAGUUCAGUUUUGAUUCAACAGUUUUUUGAAAUUGUUAUCAAGUUAUGUGAAAUUCUACUAAGUACUAAGAACCUUUUUCAUAAGCAAUCUUUUUUUGUUUUAGGAAUACAUGAUGACUUGUCUACUUUGCGGCACUGCAGCAGACUCUAUAAGUAUUCUUCCUGAGAGUCCUACUGAAAACACCAGCACCUUUUAGCUUUUGGCUUGGGGACAUUUACUUAAUAUAUGAAGUUCUACAUGACCAGUCAUACAUAUAUAUGCACAGAGAUUUGUGCACAAGAGUUUUGUGCUAUCCCAUUUACAAACUGUGCCAUAUUUUGAAGUUUUAUAACUUUACCUUGUCAUCUUGAAGUCAGAAUACCUUAUGAUGAAUUGGGCUUCAACAAAAUAAUACAUGUUACAUUUAUUUUCAAAAAUGAUAUUCCUAAAGUAUGAUGGUGAAUGACAUGCGUUAAAAAGUAAGUUGACUGAUUUAUUGAUAGCAUCUGUACUCUGCAAUAAUACAAAAAUGUUUCCACUGAAACAAAUUCUAGUCUAUGUUUUUUGGACAAUUGUGGACUGAAACUAGUGAACAAAAGUUAAAUAUAGGAGAUUUCUGGAAUUUAUUUUUAUACUAUACAGUGUGCAUGUAUAUCAAAAUUUCUCCCGAGUCCUAUUACCAUACACCUUAUGAUUAACAAGAAAGCAAGAUGUCUUGCUAGAGAGGUUGGAGUUGAGUAAAC